GACAUCCGCAAUUUGCAGAUAGUGACCUUUUUUUGCUUGAUAUCUUCAAGUUCGCAGGAAUUUAUUGCAGCCUCCGGGCGGUAGCUUUUACCUGGCAUUUCAAAUGAGAAAAGAUGUGAAGACAUAUUUUUCGUGGAGCGUGAAGACAUUUCCACAAAACGACCUGGCAUCCCGGACUUAAAGAAUCAAUAUUUAUUAUUUUUAAUUUAAUGAAAAAUAGUGAAAAUUGUUUAUUUGAUAGUCAGGAGUGAUUUCGGCAAAACGUUCAGCAUUUCUCACGUUUGUUAUUGCUUAAAGGCUUUUUGCACAUCCCUUAAGUAUAAAAAAGUUAAACAUUGUGAACCAAGUCAUGGUUACAUUAGAAGACAAAAUAUUAGGUGAAAAGGUGCAUAACUACUGUAGCAGCAGUGAAGAUGAAGCAGAUAACGAUCAUUCAUCAACGGACAAUAAGACAAGCGGAAACGCUAAAUCUAGUUUACAAUUUGUUCCAGAAAAUAAAUUGAAAGAUCAAACAUUUUUUUCUGCAUGCACAGCUAACACUGGUCCUAAAGGAGUAAUCAAUGACUGGCAACGUUUCAAGCAACUAGAAGCAGAAAAACGGGAACAUCAGGAAAAAGAAAAACUUGAACUUAUCAAAAAACUUAGCAUUAUAACCUGUUCAGAUUCUAAAAACGAAAAUACUGAUUCACAACAACAAUUGAUUGAUGAUCUGGCAGAUACAGACGAUGACAACUUUUUAUUGGAGUACCAAAAAAAAAGAAUGUCAGAAAUGCUUGCGUUAGCUGGAAAGCAACCUGCAUUUGGCGUUCUACUUGAAAUUGAAAAUGGAGUAGAAUUUCUCAAAGCAGUAGAUAACGAACAAAAAUCAGUAACAGUUAUUAUACAUAUUUAUGAUAGUAACAAUAAUGCUUGUAAAAAUAUGAAUGACGCUUUGGUUGAUUUAGCUACAGAGUAUACCAAUGUUAAGUUCUGUAAGUUCAAGAGUUCGAUUGCCGGUUUAAGCAUGACGUUUAAAGUAAGCGGUUUGCCUGCUCUUUUGGUAUACAAAGCUGGUCAAAUCAUCGGAAAUUUUGUUAGAUUGACAGAUGAUUUGACCGAUGAUUUUAACACCUCAGACGUCGAAAGUUUCCUUAUUGAAGUCGGAAUGCUCCCGGACAAAUACUCUGUUCCUGUCAUUGCAAUUCAAAAUGUCUAAUGCGUCUAAAUAAAUGUUGAAAUGUAACGAUUUAAA